GGCUGACUGACGUCAGGGGGCGGUGCCCAGGCAUGAAUGGGGCCAGCAUGCCGCCACUCGGCCGCUUGCGCGCUGGUUUUUUGUUGAGCAGGUUCAUGAGCCGGUGCGCUUUGGAACUCCGGCCGCCGGGGAAGCGGUGGCUGGUGGCCGGCCUGGGGAACCCUGGACUGCCCGGCACGCGACACAGCGUGGGUAUGGCGGUGCUUGGGCAGCUGGCGCAGCGGCUUGGUGUGGCGGAGAGCUGGGCGCGCGACCGGCGCUGCGCCGCCGACCUCGCCCUUGCCUCGCUCGGGGAUGCCCAGUUGGUCCUGCUCCGGCCGCGGCGGCUCAUGAACGCCAACGGGCGCAGCGUGGCCCAGGCCGCGGAGCUCUUCGGGCUGACUGCUGAGGAGGUCUACCUGGUGCAUGAUGAGCUGGACAAGCCCCUGGGGAAACUGGCUCUGAAGCUGGGGGGAAGCGCCAGGGGCCACAAUGGAGUCCGUUCCUGCAUUAGCUGCCUCAACUCCAACGCAAUGCCGCGGCUGCGUGUGGGCAUCGGGCGCCCGACCCACGCUGAUGCAGUGCAGGCCUACGUGCUCGGCUGCUUCUCCCCUGCUGAGCAGGAGCUGCUGCCUCCAUUGCUGGAGCGCGCCGCUGACCUGCUCCUGGACCAUAUCCGUAAGCGGAGUGGGGGGCCCUUGUUGGGCUCCUGAUACCAGUGGACACGGCUGCCUGCCCGACUGCCGUGCCCACAACACACUCAGCCACGUCCACAGAGGUUCCAUGCCAACCUGUGAUACCCACUUUUAUAUAACUCUUCUCUGCGCUGAUCCAGGCCGCCCACAGAUUAAAGGAGAGACCGUG